CGUGACUGACACCACCCCCACCCCCACCCCAUGUUGCUCCGAUCCAUGCGCUCUUCUCUCUCUUUCCCUUGAGCAUCCAUUCCUCUCUCUCUCUCUCUCUCUCUCCCUCUCCCUCUGCAAAACACAAUGGGGCGAUCUCAGGCUGUCCUCCUCACCCAGGCGGGGAAAAGUUAGGUGAAAAUCAUAGGAAUAUGUGUUUUCAGAAGAUUUACAGCGCCAUGGUUGUGAAUCUCCGCCUCAGAUUGUGAUAUACGCACACGUUUUCUUCGUUUUAUUGGGAAAGAUUGCUUCUUUAUUUGCUGUUUGGAUAUAGAAAAGAAAUGUCUGAAUUGGUGGCUCGGACAGGUCGGCACCAGCAGCGCUACGAGAAAGGGCAUCGCCUCAUAGCCGGGUGCAUUCCCUAUAGAUUUAGAAACACGGAAAAAAAUGGCGGUGACACCUCAGAGAAAGUUGUUGAAGUGCUUAUGAUAAACUCAACUAGUGGACCUGGUCUCCUGUUUCCUAAGGGCGGGUGGGAAAAUGAUGAAACAGUUGAGGAGGCAGCGAUGCGUGAAGCCAUUGAAGAGGCUGGAGUUCGUGGAGAGAUACAGCAUUUCCUGGGGUACUAUCACUUCAAGAGCAAGACGCUUCAGGACGAAUUCAGCCCAGAGGGUUUGUGCAAGGCUUCCAUGUUUGCUUUGCUGGUGACCGAGGAGCUCGAUUCUUGGCCAGAGCAGAAGCACAGACAGAGAAGCUGGUUGGCAAUUGCAGAGGCAGUGGGCCAUUGUCGGCACCCGUGGAUGCGCGAGGCCCUUGAAGACGGGUUCUUGAAGUGGCAACAGACCGGUUUCGUCACCAGCCAAGACACUGGUGAUUGAUUGUUUUGGACGCGUUUAAAAGCGAAGGCGAUUGCAUCACCCCUGCUGACAUCAAGAUCUUCCUCUCAUUUGUUGGAAUAAGACUCUUCUUGACUUGUGGCUUAAUCUCUGCAAAUAUAGUUUUAUCUUUUUGGUUUUCAAGCCCGUUUUUCGAUGUUUUUUGCUCUACUUUAGUUGCUGAUUAUGGGAAUAUGAAGUGAAAUUUUGUGGUUGUGGUAAGGGGUACAAGAGUAGAGAAACAAUCAAGGCAUGGUGAUUUGGAUUCACUCAUCUAAAAUUUCCCUGUUCUCAGUCAUUUUUACCCUGCAACAGUUCACCCAA